UCAUCAUCGCCCGUGUGGAUCCAGAAUUCCCACAACGGACCAACACCAACAACUCAUCGGCAAAAGGCGCUUUCUAUCACUUCUUAACCUCACAGAAAGCGGCCAACUCUAUCGUCCUCUUGCUGGAUUGUGUAGACUGUACGGAAGCACCAGUUGUCGGCUCAUCAGUACUCCUGGCAAACUUGUGCGGAGCAUCCCCCGGAAGUUCACUUUAACUCCCUUUCGAGGCUUCCAAUACGAGGCGUCCAUACGAGGCUUGUCGUGCCUUGGCCUCUGCGCAAAGUACAGUAACUCCGACCGGACGACCAACGGCCACUCACAGGCCGUCGAUAUCCUCCGUAAUUACUAUUGUCUUUAAAGCAAAGCGAUGGGUCUCUUCAAAAAGACCAACAGUCCGUAUGGCGCUGGCGCCACCCAGGGCAACUCCACAUUGCAAAACCUCCAAUUCUGGAAACAGCUGAAAAACGACUCUACACCGAAUAUCACCACCGCACGCACCGUCGACUCCUUCAACACCACCACCUCUAAACCCCGCGCAAUUGCACUGUCUGUCGACCUCGAAACCCGAAAAGCACAUACUAUUGUGCUGGGGCUGGUGGUACUCGAUUUCUUGAUAUCGCUCGCCGCACUUUACGAAGCCCUAUACGACCCAGCCUCGCCGUCAGCACUCGACCCACACCUGAACGUCACAAAGACGCUGCAUACAAGCAGAGCUGGGUUCACAGGCGCCCGUGUUUUCCUAUUCGCUGCGUCGCUCUUGAUCAGGACAGCGUUCCUAAUCGAAAUCAUCUUCCGCCUCCUCGCCACCGGCGCAUCCACCUACCUCCGCCUCCCCUACAACAUCUUCGACGCCCUCAUCGUCCUCCUCGCAUUCUUCCUGCACAUGACACUCCCCGCCCGCGAAGCACUCAUUGUAAACCCCAUCAUCCUCUGCCGAUUAUGGCGGGUGAUCUUCUGGGUCCGCUGCUUUGAACGAGAACUCUCUGCGCGAUUCGAGCGGGAUGUUACGAAUAUGCGCCGAACCUGCGAUAUUGAGAUGGGACAGGUUGUGGAUCGGAAUAGGGAGCUGGAGAAGAAGUUGACGGUGAAUGGGGAGAAGAUGAGGGUGCUGUUGGGUGAUGUUGGGAUUGUGGAUAUGGAUAUCACGGCGUAGGCAUCCCGCGUUAGGGGCGGGGCUAUUUCCCCGCACCAGAAUGCGAUUUCCGGCGUAGUCAACGUGUAUUUGGGACGCUUGGGUAGAAGAGGGGCUUGAUGUCCCUCAUUUGCGUUGGAUUUUGCAGUUUUUGUGUUCCAUAGACGGUGCCAAGAGGCGUAUUUGUAGUUGUUUGACGAGAUUCUCGCCCUUUGUACAUAUACAGAUCAUCAGUAUCACUCCCUUGUUAUUCCAUUUCCAUUCAAUAUAGAAGUACCAUCUGUUUUCCU